AUGGUUCUGGUCCCGUCAUUUGACGAGUCGCUCAGGGGGUUGCCGCAGCCCUACCGCAGCCCCAAGCCUACCCCAUCCCCACCGCGCCACCCAGAGUUGCUUCAAGUUGAAGGCGCUACCAUGAUGGACGAGGACGACUCGACCAAGCAUGAACAGCUGCACGCGGUCAAUGCCGCGGCUCAGCUCUACCACGCGCAGCUGGCCCAGCAGCAGCAACUCCAACAACUCCAGCACGCCCAGAGCUUGGGUGCGAGCGUCGUGGCCCAGCAGCUGAGCGCGGCCAGCGCUAGCUUCCCGUACCCGCGAAACUCGCCGGACUUUGCGUGCGAAAACGUUGGCGACCGCAUCAAGGGCAAGCGACGGAAAUACUGCCCACAUGAAGUCACGGCGCUCGUGCUCGGGGUCCAACGGUACGCCGACGACAGCUGUCCGUGGAGCAGCAUCCUGCGUGACCCGCACUUGGGACCACUCUUCCACGGUCGAUCCGGCGUCGAUCUGAAGGACAAGUGGCGCACGUUGAUUAAAACCCGCCCCGAGCUCUCGAGCUACACUGAAAACCGAAAGAACCACCGCAAGUACCGCCCGUUCACGACCAUGGAAGAACGCGCGCUCAUUGACGGCGUCAAGAAGUACAACGGACAACGCAAUGUGUGGAGCCUCAUCCUCGUGGACAAAGACCUUGGCGUCCAGUUCAACGAUCGCUCGAACGUCCAGCUCAAGGACAAGUUUCGCACCCUGCGUCGAUCCGGUGUGGCCAACGCAAUUACCCUGACCAAUCCAAGCAACCGCAAGUCGGCAUUGACAACGACAUCGGGGCUCCGACCUGGGGGCGGUGGAGCCGGGACCAGCAAGAAUAAUGUCCUGCGGGGUCCCCUGUCGCCGAAGAGCCGCACGCAACUGAACGCGGCCGCUUUGGCCAACCCGAUCUUGCACUCGCAGUCUAUGUUCACUGACCCCAACUUGUUCAUGACGGCGCAGCUGAGCUUGGGGCAGAUCGGACAGCUCACGUUGGCGCAAGCUCAAGUCCAAGCCCAGCUCCAGGCGCAAACUCAAGCUGCGCAAGCCAAGACGUUUUCGCAAAUGCUAGCUGCCGCCAAUUCGAGCUACAACAACGCCUUGCCCGCCUUUAUGAUGAGUGGUGGCAACACGUCGCCCCAGAGCAACGUCUUCUACGCUGUGUCGUCGCCGUCUUCGGCAACACACCAGUGGUCGGCUAGGCCGGCCAAGUACGGCGUCGGCAGGUACUGGCGCUGGUGGUCGUCGUGGCCGCGGCAAAGCGAAAGCCACGUCGGCCUCGAUGUCUACGCAAGUGCUUGA